CUCGCUUAAUGUUCGGAUCUUUUGUUUUAAACCCUAGUUCCGCUUUAGUUUCUGUUUACUUUGAAAGAAACUAAAAGAUCCUAUUUUCUUGCCCCAUUCUCUUGAAAAAUACAUCAGAUUUCCUUUUUGUAGGAAAACUUGAGGUGGGGGUUGAAAAUUUUGAUGUUGGGAGUUUGAAUUUUUGUCUUAAAGAAUAGAAAGUGUUUUUGUGGUGGUUUUGGAAUGGCGGCCGAAGGUUCAUUGUCGUUCUCUGUAGCGUCGAUGGUGGAGGAUGUUCUUCAACAACAUGGGACUCAAUCCCGAGGUCUAGAUUUGGACGCUCGCAGAGCCGAGGAAGCCGCAAUGAGAAGGUAUGAGGCGGCUGCCUGGCUUAGAAAAAUAGUUGGAGUUGUUGGGGCGAAAGAUUUUCCUGCGGAGCCUUCUGAGGAAGAGUUCAGGCUUGCUUUGAGAAGUGGAAUAAUUCUUUGCAAUGUGCUCAAUAAAGUUCAGCCUGGAGCUGUUUCGAAGGUGGUUGAAAGUCCAUGUGAUUCUGCUCUUAUACCUGAUGGAGCAGCUUUAUGUGCAUUUCAGUAUUUUGAAAACGUGAGAAACUUUCUUGUAGCUGUUCAAGAGAUGGGGAUUCCAACUUUUGAAGCAUCUGAUCUGGAACAAGGAGGAAAAGCUUCGAGGAUAGUAAAUUGUGUUUUGGGACUUAAGUCCUACAGUGACUGGAAACAGACGGGUGGCAAUGGAGUUUGGAAAUUUGGCGGAAAUUUGAAACCCACCACAUCUGGUAAACAAUUUGUGCGCAAAAAUUCAGAGCCAUUCAUGAAUUCAUUGUUAUGGAAUAUGUCAAUGAAUGAAAAGUCUCUGAAUGCCGCAUGUUCUGACAGUGAAUGUAACAAAAUGCCCGGUUCUUCUUUGAGUAUGCUUGUUCGAGCGGUUCUAUUAGAUAAGAAGCCUGAAGAAGUUCCAUCUCUGGUAGAAUCUGUCCUAGCUAAGGUUGUGGAGGAGUUUGAGCAUUGUAUAGCAAGACAAGUGGAACUGAAGAAAGCAACUCCAAAAGAUUUUACUAUUUCUCAAGGUAACAAGCCUCUAGUGAAACAUAUAUCUGGUGAUACAAAGAUGGUAGAAAUAAAUGCCAAACUUGGGAAGAAAGAGGAAAGCUUUCACAAGAACAAUAUUACUGAUGAGGAAUUAGAAAGAAGAUCUUUGAAGCAACUAGUGAUUUUUGACCAACAACAAAGCGAUAUUAAGGAGCUGAAGCGAACUCUUUCUACUACUAGAGCUGGUAUGCAGUUCAUGCAAAUGAAGUUUCAUGAGGAGGUUAACAACCUUGGCCUGCAUAUUCAUGGGCUAGCUCAUGCUGCUUCUGGAUAUCAUAAAGUUCUUGAGGAAAAUCGCAAGCUUUAUAAUCAAGUCCAGGACCUCAAGGGAAGUAUUAGGGUUUAUUGUCGAGUGAGACCCUUCUUGUCUGGACAAUCAAACUAUUUGAGUGCUGUGGAUCAUAUAGAAGAAGGAACUGUCACUAUCACUGUCCCAUCAAAGUGUGGAAAAGGACGUAGGUCAUUUCACUUCAACAAAGUAUUUGGGCCCUCUGCCACUCAAGGAGAGGUCUUUUCAGAUACCCAGCCGCUGAUACGAUCCGUUCUUGAUGGUUACAAUGUUUGUAUCUUUGCAUAUGGACAAACUGGAUCCGGAAAAACUUAUACAAUGACUGGACCAAGGGAUCUUACAGAACACAGUCAAGGAGUAAAUUACAGAGCGUUGAGUGACUUGUUUCUUCUAGCAGAACAGAGAAAGAACAGUUUCCGAUAUGAGGUUUCUGUUCAAAUGAUGGAGAUUUAUAAUGAACAAGUUAGGGAUCUCCUCGUUACUGAUGGGCUUAACAAAAGGUUAGAAAUUCGAAAUAGUUCUCAGACAGGACUCAGUGUACCAGACGCAAGCCUUAUACGUGUGACUUCAACAUCCGAUGUUAUUGAUUUGAUGAACAUAGGACAGAGGAAUCGUGCAGUAGGUGCUACAGCCCUCAAUGAUCGGAGUAGUCGCUCUCAUAGUUGCUUGACUGUCCAUGUCCAAGGACGAGACUUGACAUCUGGAACUGUUCUGCGCGGCUGCAUGCAUUUGGUUGAUUUGGCAGGAAGUGAGAGGGUAGACAAAUCUGAAGUGACAGGAGACAGACUGAAAGAGGCGCAACAUAUCAAUAGAUCUCUUUCUGCAUUAGGAGAUGUGAUCUCUUCCCUUGCCCAAAAGAAUUCACACGUUCCUUACAGAAAUAGCAAACUUACACAAUUACUCCAAGACUCACUUGGUGGUCAAGCUAAGACAAUGAUGUUUGUUCACAUAAGCCCUGAGCCCGAUGCUGUUGGAGAAACCAUUAGUACCCUUAAAUUUGCAGAGCGUGUUGCCACUGUUGAACUCGGAGCUGCACGAAUAAACAAAGAUAGUGCUGAUGUCAAAGAGCUCAAAGAACAGAUUGCCAGUCUUAAGGCAGCUUUAGUGAGGAAAGAAGUGGAAUCAGAACCUAUGGAACCUGUGAUAGCUGGCAGCCCAUGUGGCAUGUUGUCGUCGCCUUUUCAAUAUAAACCACAGGGUGGAGAUAUGUUCACUGAUCCGAACAGCCACAGGAAACCAAUGGGCGAUGUUGGCAACAUAGAGGUAUGCAACAACACUGCAUUGAGGCAAAGGAGGCAAAGCUUUGAUCUUGACGAGCUAGUAUUCCGUUCACCUCCUUGGCCUCCAUUCAACAGUCCCGGUCAAAAGGGGGAGGACGAUAAGGACAUGGGCUCUAGUGAGUGGGUAGACAAGAUCAUGGUGAACAAGCAAGAUGCUGUACAUGGAGUUGAAAAUCCCUUAAAAUGUUGGGAAGCAGAUGGUGGUCAUAUGCCUGAUGCCUUAUACCCAAAAUAUCUCUCAGGUUCUUCCAAAGUAUACACUGAGCAACUGUAUAACGUAUUCCCAACCAGCAAUCAGUCGGACAUUGUUACUACUGAUGAUCUGGAUGAGCUUGAUGCUGCAACCAGUGAUUCAUCCGAACCAGAUUUGCUUUGGCAAUUCAAUCAUUCCAAACUUACUGGCCUAGCCAAUGGGAUCGGGUCAAAGACACAGAAACCUAAUGCCAAGCAGGUGAAUGGGCCAGAACUAAGCAGCCGGAGUGUGAUCCCUAAACUAGGCCCUUCACCGUCAAGAAAAUUGACAAAUGGGGUUGGCCACCCUCCACAGCGAAGGGGGAAGCAGGCAAACUGUGCUGAAAUGAAACGAAAAGCUGGGAAUAGAAGGUAGGAAAGGUGUUAGGGGCUGUCAACACAGGCAUUUUUUUUUUUUCUCUAUUUCAAAUUUUAAAUUGAAGAGUGAGUGAGGGAGAGAGAGAGGUUACGUAUAGGUUCUUUAUUUUUAUUUUUUUUCACCAUUUUUUUGUGUUAAUUUGUAUUAUGUACGUCAAUGAAGCAAUAAUUCCAGUUGCUUGUAUUUGUUUAUCGUAAAUCUUUACAAAAUGUUGUAACUCCCGGCACUGUUUUUCUAGUGCUUUCUUAUACGACUAUGUGUAAAGUCGAUUUGUAAAUGGUUUCGCAUUUUAUAAAACUCUUAUAUCUGAUUCAGGGGGACUGAUAUUUGCUCUGGACUUCUU